AUGGCUACUGGUGCUACACACAACCUUCUUCUUUACCUUUUCUGGAUUUCUGUCUCUUUUUUCUCUGGAUCUUUGCAACUCUGCAUAGAGAAGGAGAUGAAAGCUCUCCUGAGCGUGAGGAGUGGAUUCCCUGACGUCGAUAGGCGGCUAUCUCCAUGGAAGGGCAAUGAUUGCUGCAGUUGGGCAGGUGUAGGAUGCCACAACGUCACAGGUCAUGUUAUCAAACUUGACCUCUCUAUUUUGCAAUCUCAAACUGUUUUCAACAGAAGCGAGGUGCAUCCUUCAUUGUUUCAUUUGAAGCAUUUGAAGUAUCUAGAUUUAAGUGGGAACAACUUAUCUGGCCAUCAAAUUCCUGGCUCGAUUGUAUCUUUAACUCAAUUGCAGCACUUGGACCUUUCCGGAUGUGGUUUCAAAGGAGAAAUUCCCUACCAACUUGGCAAUCUCUACAAUAUAGAAGGCCUGUUCCUCGGUUUUAACCGUCUCGAAGGUGUAAUACCGAAAAGCAUAGGAAACUUGAGUAAAAUGUCAAGUCUGGACCUUUCUGUUAAUAGAAUUGUUGGAGGCUUACCGGAGACUAUUGGCAAUCUAACUGCAAUGCAAAAUUUGGAAUUAGUAUCUAAUCAGAUUAGUGGGAAGAUACCAGAUUCAAUUGGAAAUCUCCACCAGUUAGAAUUUCUCGAUAUCUCGGGUAACAACAUAAGUGGAUCGAUCCCUGGUACCUUAGGAAGUCUAUGCAACUUGAGUGGAAUUGUUCUCGGUUAUAACAAUAUAACAGGGAGAAUUGUUGAAUUCUUUGAACAACUAUCAAGAUGCAGAAAUAAUAAACCUCUUCACCUUGACUUGUAUAAAAAUCAGUUUAACGGUCCUUUUCCAAGUAAUUUUGAGAGGCUUCAAAGAUUAAUUUAUCUAAGCCUUGGUUUCAAUCAAUUGAGUGGCUCAGUUCCAGCAUCCUUGGGGAAAUUGUCUGCAUUACAGUGGUUAGGCCUAGAGUCAAACCACUUGGUUGGAGACAUCACAGAAGCCCACUUUGCCAAUCUCACAAAUUUAUAUAGCAUGGAUAUAUCUGACAACAACUUGUCAGUCAAAGUGAGCCAAGAUUGGCUUCUUCCAUUUCAAGCAGAAGCAAUUAUAAUGGGCUCUUGCAACUUGGGACCUAGAUUUCCUCCAUGGCUGCGGAACCAAACCAUUUUAAAUAACCUAGACAUAUCAAAUAAUGGAAUAUCAGAUGCUUUUCCUGAUUGGUUUUGGAGCUUGUGCUUACCCGAAAUGUGGCUAAAUGUUUCUCACAAUCAUAUGAGAGGGAUGCUGCCGCGCUCUUUAGAAUGCUUCAAGAAUGUAAGAUCUUUCGAUUUAAGUUACAACAACUUUGAAGGCUUCAUUCCAAGAAUGCAACUUUCAUAUGCAUAUUUGGACUUUUCUCACAAUUCCUUUUUUGGACCAAUUCCUAAAAGCAUGUUUGGUGAGUUGCGUAUUUCCUAUCUGAUUUUGUUCAACAACAAACUGAAUGGCAGCAUUCCGUCUUCAAUUUGUACACAAAGAGAAUUGCAUAUUGUGAACCUCGCCAAUAAUGAUUUAUCUGGAACACUCCCAGAUUGUUGGGGUAAUGCAUCAGAGUUAGGGAUAAUUGAUGUUUCCAACAACAAAUUAUCCGACAGCAUUCCCAGAACAUUUGGGCUUUUAGCCAGACUGCAAUCACUGCACAUGAAUAAUAAUAGUUUAUCUGGUACAAUUCCCUCAACUUUACAACAUUGCAAGCAACUUGUAGUUAUGGACUUGAGCUGGAAUAAAUUGUCCGGAGCUAUACCCAGCUGGUUUGGAAGUAGACUAUCAACAUUACGAGUUCUUUCUCUAAGGUCAAAUAAUUUCACUGGUGCAAUUCCCCCACAACUCUCUUUGAUCCCAUCUCUCCAAGUGCUAAACCUGGCUCACAAUAAUCUCUUUGGCUCUUUGCCUCCAAGUUUUGGCAUGUUUAGCUCCAUGAUGGCGAGCCAGAACAAAAAAGAAUCUGCUCCAUUAUAUGAUGCUCCAUUAUAUGGUGGUUCCAUUUAUUACAUGGAAAGUGUCAUCUUAAAUGCUAAAGAUUCGGAACUUCCAUUCACCACUUAUGUGCUUUUAGUUGUUACUAGCAUUGACCUCUCGAAUAAUAAUCUCUCAAGUAGCAUUCCUAGAGAAAUCACAAACCUCCAAGGCCUUCGCUUUCUCAACUUGUCUUCGAAUCAUUUCUUAGGAAACAUACCAAAUGAGAUUGGUCUCAUGGGUCAACUAGAAUCACUUGAUCUUUCAGAGAAUCAAUUGUCGGGUAGAAUUCCUUCAAGCAUCUCUAAUUUAAAUUUUUUGGGCACCCUAAACUUAUCUUACAACAAUCUCAUUGGAAAAAUACCAACGGGCACUCAGCUACAAUCUUUCACCAACUUAUCCUAUAUUGGCAAUUCUCAGCUUUGUGGGGAACCACUCCAAACUAAGUGCCCAAGUGACAACCUAACCAUUGAUAGUAGAGGGACAAAUGAAGAAGAGGGCAUGCAUAAAGAUGAUGAUGAGCAUGGAGGAAUUUGGUAUUUCAUUGGAUUCGCUCCUGGAUUUGUGUUUGGCUUUUGGGGAUUCAUUGGUGCAGUUAUGAUCAAGAGAAGCACAAGAAUCAAAUACAUCCUAAUCAUUGAUAGGAUUUGUAUAAGGUAA